AUGCUGGCGGCAGCAGCGCUGUGCGCGGCCGCGCUGGGCUGCGCGGCGGGGGCGCGGCUGCUCAGCGCUGUCUGUGUUUUCCUUUUGCCUCUCCCAACAGCAGUGGACGUUUCCCUCAGAAGAGGGCAGACGGUUUGCAGGCGUGGGACGCAGAAACCCUGCUAUAAAAUCGUUUAUUUCCACGAUGCCUCCCGCAGGAGCAGCUAUGAGGAGGCUGAGCUGGCGUGCAGGGCUGAUGGGGGACAUUUAGUGAGCAUCGAGAGCCCAGCAGAGCAGAGAUUGAUUGAAUCGUUCAUCAGGAGCCUCCUGGCUGCUGAUGGGGACUUCUGGAUAGGGCUCAGGAGGAGGAAGGAGGAGGAGGACAACAGCACAGAGUGUCACAGCUUCUACUCGUGGUCAGAUGGGAGCUCAUCCAAAUUUCGGAAUUGGUACGUGGACGAGCCGUCGUGCGGGGGCGAGGUGUGCGUGGUGCUCUACCACCAACCCUCUGCCCCAGCCGGAGUGGGGGGCCCCUACAUGUUCCAGUGGAAUGAUGACAGAUGCACCAUGAAGAACAACUUCAUCUGCAAAUAUUCCCUGGAAAAGCCAACAAAAGCUCCAACAGACAAUUCCCGAAGAGCUGUGGCAACAGAGCCCUGGAAGGCAGAAUUCCCAGAGGAACGCCGCAGGAAAGGUGCCAAUGGAACAGCUGUGGGAGCCAAAGAACCUGUUCAGAGCCUUGCCUACAUCUUGAUUUCCAUCAUUCCUGUGCUGCUUCUCCUGCUGGCCCUCACAGGCAUCUCCUGCUUUUGGCUGUUCCUGAAGAGGAGACAGGAGCUGGUGGAUGUGACCCCGAAGGGUGACAGUGCCUGGCUGCCACCCCCCAGGAGGGACAGCCCCGAGCUGGACAUUUACAGAGUGAUCAGCAAGCAAUCUGAAGCUGACCUGGCUGGGGCCAGGCCUGGCACAAAAAAUUCCUCCUUCCGUGCCCAGGAAGGGCUGGAGAGCCCCUGCAGGGACCCCGAGGACACCUCCAGCCCCGGCUUGGUGACACUGGCCAGCACAGAGAGUGGCUUUGUCACCAAUGACAUCUACGAGCUCUGCGGGCACCACGUGGGCAGGAGCAAGGAGUCCACCUGGGUGGACAAUGAGAUUUAUGGAUAUUGAGGAAAUGGACCCGAAAAAAAAAAAAACCCCACUGGAAUUUGGAUUUUGAGUCUCAACAGGAGUUUGCUUCCCUCUCUAUGCACUUGUUCAAUAAUGGUAUGUGUGGUGCUUGUCCUGGUUUUGCAUUGUCCCCUCAUUCUUCCAUUUUCUGAAAGAAUUGGGGUUUUUAAAGAUCCAAACUGAAAAGAAUGUACAGAUUUUGCUUUGCACCAGGAAUGGCUCGUUAAUAGCCUCGAUUCCUUUUUGUACCAAAGAUAUACCUUGAAGCUGAAGGACAAUCCAAAAUCCUUAUUUAUUUAUAGACCUCCACCUCCUCCAAGGUGCUCAAAGUUACCUGAAAUGUGUGAUGGAGCCCUGCUUCCAACAGGACGUGGGGAAUGAAUCCCUCGGUUUGCUUUGCUUGUGUAACUUUUACUGUGCCUAUUAAAUUUCUUUAACUCAACUCA